AUGGAGUUUCAAAUUCGGACAAGACAGCCCACACGUCCUGCACGUUUCGUCCCGUUGCGUGCACUGUUUCUUAAAGUGCCCGAUGCCCAUGCAAUUGGAGCAAAUCAAUACAUUCUUGCAAUUAAAACAAUUCUUGGUAUUCCCGUAACUGAGAAGGAAAACAUGGUAAAUAUUGGCGAAGAACGAAAAAGAAAACGUCUGGAAGACAAACAGGGAACAAGUGAUAGAAAACCACCAUCAAAAGCGCAAAGUGGACAAGGUGGUCUCAGAUAA